AUGCCUCGGUACCUGACUGUUCCUCGUGGUGCUGCCUCCCUUCUCGCCUCCGCCAAGGGUCGGGCUCCCCGGUCGACGCAGCCAGUCACUCGUUUAACUUCCCGGCUUGCGAUCAACCGUGGGUUCGCCCCGGCUCCUUGUCCCUCUUUUAAGCCGGCCAUCACCACCCAGCCUGGCGCCCACUCCUUUGCCGACAUCACGCGACGAUCGCGUCUCGGCUUCCCUCUUUGCCCUCCGGCGCCUGCGCCAUCCACUCGUUUCUUGACCCCCCUCCCAGGUCCGAUACCUGCCCCUCCUUUGUUCCAGCGGUCGACCCGUCUCCAGCGGUCGUCACGCUGCCCCUCCCAGGCGGCGGCCUCCUCCGUCCACGCCACUCGUUCGGCCCGUGCCCCGGCCGCGGCCCCGGCGCCGCGGCCUGCCCCUCGUUUCCUCGUCCGCCCUUCGGCCCGCGAUGCCGAGCCUGUCUCUCGUUCCAUUCCGGCUCGUGCUCGUGCCCCGACCCGGGCCCCGACCCCAGCCCCAGCCGCCGUCUCUCGUUCGGCGCGGCUGUUGGCCCGCCAUCCGGCUCCCCCCCGGCCCCGGCCCGGCACCUGUCUCUCGUUCGGCCCGCCUCUUGGCCCGCCAUCCCGUGCCCCGCCGACUCCGGUCCGUCGUUCCUUCGGCCGCCCCCCUGUGCUUGAGCGCAUGGCCAAGCGCAGGGUCGCUCACCAGCAGGAGCUGGAGCGUCUGAAGGGGCUGCACCGUGUGCAGCCGUCCGUUCCUUCCGUGAGUGUCACUCGUUCUCCUUCUCCCACUCGUUCUCCUGCUGUCACUCUUUCCCCUCCUGUCGCUCUUUGCCCCCCUGUCGUGGCGGGCUCUUCUCCGAAGCCGACCCCCGUGCAGUCCACCCAGGUGGGCGGCGAGGUGAAGCCGAAGAAGAGAGUUCGUUUCGACAGGGUUACUGUUGUAAAAGUUGAUCGGUGGAUCAUCCCCGUGUUGGAUGUUUUCAAGCCAACACGGUGGUGA